AUGCUUUUGAAGGAGAACGCUGCCAUACUCGAAAGCAUUGAAUGCAUCGAAUCGAACUGCGAAGAACCUAUCAUUGAUUGGAUGCUCAUAAAGUAUGACUGCCAGGAGAUGCGGCAAUACCUCAGAAUUGCGAUGGAGAUCUAUGCACGUGGCGAUCCGUUCGGGAAGGAGGAUUCAACCCUCAAGAGCAUUGAAUAG